AUAAAAAAUACACUCUAUUUUUUCUGGAAAAUACAUUAUUUUCCACACUUGCCCUUGUAUUUCAUUACCUCAGAGUUCACAAUUGUGGUCUCAAUUUCAGUUCACCGCGACCCUCAGUACACCAUGGAUGUUAUAGUGCCUACCCUCAACGCCUUGCCCCUCACAUCAGGGGCACAGAAGCAGCAGGAGGAACUUGAGAGCAGUACCCAGGCAGCAGGAGACUUGCACCAAGGCUUCCUGGUUCAUACCCCUGGCUGCAUUAUACCAGACUUUGAUCCCUUCCAUCACACCAUCACCAGAUUCAUAUCCAACCCCAUUAUGCUGACCUGUAAGGGCCCUCCAGCACUGACCUCAACCCAGGGAACCACCUUGUACUACCACCAGGAGGUCUUUAAACACAACCUCCACCACUACCUCAGUGUCUACCAGGAGAAGCUCUACUCCACCGACACUACAACCACAUUCAACAUAUCAUACCCAACCAACGACACCAGUUACUCUGGUCUGCCAAAUGCCACCGCGCCUGUCACCACGGUCUACAGAGAGGACACAGAUGUCUACUUCGACCUGACGAGUAACAGCAGCUCGGAGGAGAGGUCACCUCCUUCUCCUUCUCCUCCUAGUGAGGUACGCUGCUGUUACAGAGGUAUAUACCGUGUGGAGCAGCAGCCUCACCUGUACACUACCGCUGCUGACAGCCGCUGGAGGUACAGCAGCUGGUGUCGACCUCUGCAGGGGGCGCAGACGACGGUGCAGGAGGAGGGGAUUCUUGUCUACUGCAACAUGAGCAGCAUCGUCGUCUACAAGAACGUCCACUACUUCAUCCAGCGAGACAAGCUGCUAGCACCACCGGCGUCCGCCGCAUUUAACUUCUCCAUAGAAGGAUAUGUGAGUAAUCCAAACACCACCAGUGACAACGACAGCACCGCGGAGAGUGAGGAGAUCCCUGAGCCUGCAGACCAUCCGGAGAGGAGCGAGGCUGAGAAACUCAGCGUGAUCAUCUUCGGCACAGACUCUGCCUCGCGUCUCAACAUGCGCCGCCACCUGCCCAAGACAUAUCGUUUCCUGACGGAGGAGCUAGGAGCUGUGGACCUGGCUGGCUUCAACAAGGUGGGAGACAAUACCUUCCCUAAUCUGAUCCCGUUACUAAGCGGCCUCAACACCCACGAGUUGGCUAACCACUCCUGCGUGCCCAAAAAAGAGAAAUACGACAACUGUCACUGGAUCUGGAAGGACUUCAAAAGGAAUGGAUACGUCACUGCUUAUGUGGAGGACUCGCCGUGGAUGGGAAUAUUCAACUACCUUCACAACGGCUUCGUGAAGCAGCCGACAGACUUCUACGGGAGAGCUUUCUUUAUGGCCUCGGAGAAGGAGAUCGGCACUGCCAAACACGGCAACUCUAACGUGUGCCAGGGCGACAAGCUCAGCAUUGAGGUGAUCCAGGACUAUUCUAUCGAGGUGGCCCGCACCUUCCUUGACACUCCCACCUUCGGCUUGUAUUGGUCGGCCAGCAUCAGCCACGACUACAUCAACAUGUUGCGACACGCUGAUUUGCCGCACCUGCGCUACCUGCGGCAGCUGCAGGAGCUGGGGGCUCUCAAUCACACGGCUCUCUUCUUCGUCAGCGACCACGGCAUGAGGUGGGGAAGCAUCCGAUCUACCUACGUUGGAAUGCUGGAGGAGAGACUACCUUACGUCCUUCUUUACCUCCCACCAUGGUUCAGGAACAGGUACCAGGAAGCCUUCAGGAACUUGCAGGUCAACAAAAGACGACUCACAGCCAACUUCGAUCUAUAUCAAACUCUCCGUGAUCUGGCUUACGGCCGCUUCGCUGACCUCACUUACGUGACUUCCCGCCCUACCACGGGGGUCAGGGGGAUUAGCAUAUUCCAGGAGAUUCCUCGGGCCAGGACGUGUGAGGAUGCUGGCAUUCCUGAGAACUUCUGUACGUGCCAAGACACUAAGGAAGUGCCACUGAGUGACCCAGUGCUGCCUCUGGCUGCUGCCUUUCUUAAAGACGCCCUCAACCAUGACCUCGAUCCUUACCCUGAAUGUCUACAGUUCUCGCAGGUGCGGGUGGUUACAGGACGAGUGUCGGGGUCGAACAAGGAACUCGCUCCACAGGACUCCAGCAGCGACGUCAGGAGCUACCUGCUGCAGGCAGAGCUGUCUCCUGGAGGUGUCAUGGUGGAGGCCACGCUCAGGUACAACCCUCAACCUCAACUCUUCCAGCUGGCUGGUGAGGUGUCCAGGAUCAACAAGUACGGCAGCACCAGCAGCUGCAUUCACCACGACGUGCUGCGCAAGUACUGCUUCUGCAAGGAUUAGCUGUACACGCUUACCACUCCUGCACCAGGAUGAGGAUUUCCAGUGGCAGGAACUGCAACAGCAACAGCAGUUGCAGCAGCAGCAGCAGCAGCAGCAACAGCAGCUGCUGCUGCACGAAGUGACUGCUAAAACUCUCAAUAAACAAUAAGUGCCAAUACAAAUCCAUUCAACUGUCAAAAUCGUAGCCUUUGAUAUUAUUAUUUUAUAAAUAGAAUAUAAGGUCGUGAAGUCUGUCGUCGUGAACAACUGUACAUUUGUGAGUGUUGAUGCAACACAAUGCUUC